UUGGCUGCUGCUGCAUGCGCUGGCUACCCGCAUCCCCGGAUGAGAACGUCGGCCUGCUGUCAGGCCAAUGAAUAAUGGCGAGCAAGUGGUUUUCCUCGGCUUGAGGUGAUCUGGUUAUUUGCUAAAGAGGUAUUCCCUCGCUGCCCGGUGAUGCACCAUGGUGUGCAAAGAAGAAAUAUACGCGUGGUUUAAACAGUUAAGCGGUGCGGUAAGGAUAGAUACCAUGUGUGGUUUGCUCAACCUGUGCUUACCGUUAGAACUUCGGUUCUUGGGUACUUUCCUAGAAGAUUUAGCUAACAAGGAUUACACGUACUUCCGAGAAGCGGAACAGCGCGCAAACAACUUGAACGAGCUGUCCAAAUAUACCGGUGUUAGGGACAUUGUAUGGCGCAGUAGGGUGAUCACUUCGCUAGCCUUGCUGCGCCUUUCCAACCGCAGUUGCUCCCAUGCUCUCUUCGAAGCCCUGUUCGAAGAGAUGAAGAGCGCCAAACACGAGACGUACGACUCGAGGACCCUUGACGAGAUGCUGCUUCUGUUCACCAUGGCCACGCAUCAUCCAUCGUUCAGCUUUGACGAGCGCUCGGAGUUGGUCAAGUUUCGCGAGAAGCUGGAAUCUCUUGGGGCGGCUCAGGGCAUGGCUGUGGCAGCCCCCAUGGAGAGUUAUGUGGUUCCUUACAUGCCCUACACUGUGCCAUUCAUGCCUCCCUAUCCUGUACCGGCAGAUCCAGUAGCACCUCCACCUUAUGUGCAUGCCCAAAGUGUGCAGAAAGCACGUCUCUCUAGUAUUGAAGUGAAGCCUGAGCCUCAGUGUAAGAGGUCAGUUAAACUGAGCCUACAGUGGUCAGACAGACACCAGACAGAGGUGGUGCGUUCAUUUCAGGAGAUCUCUGGCCUUUCUCAGAAGCUUUCUCGUCUGAGUGCUUCUGAUCCAUCGUGUAGUGGAAAGGCAAUUCCACAGCUACCGGCCUGCGUAGAAAAAAAUGAGGAGCUGGAUGGAAUGUUCGAACUCUCGGAAUAUUUCAACUGGGUUGCGAGCCUUCCACCAAGCUACCUGGAGAAUGAAUUGGUGGGCCCCUUCUUUGAGCCAACACCAUGUGGCAAGCCUGGCUUUGUGCCCUCUCCUGUUGUGGUGCCGGAGGCGAGCUUGGCCAUGGCUCCUGAAGAUCCACGUGUGGGGCUGCUCGCCUUCUAUGGUGGCAGUACAGAUGCUCCCAUAGCCACAGGACCGCCUAUUUUGGCUCCUGCUGUUGGCUCCAUGAUGCCACCCAUCGUGGGUCCCAGUGUGAAUUGUGCCGGUCAAGGCACUGAGCAUGGAGGACCAUCGCCAUGCAACUCUCCUCUCUCCUCGACACCAGCGUCUCCUUACGAAUCGCCGCCAACAUCAGGCUCCAACUCGCGUGCCACAUCGCCUUGGACUGGUACUGCUGUGACAAGGAUGCAUUGGGAUGGUGCCCCGGCAUCGGUUGAAGAGCUACUGCACCGAGCUCAUCUCAAGAAAUAUUAUCACAUGUUUAAAAACUUUACACUCGAUGAUGUGCUUGCCAUGAAUGAAGAGAGUAUGAAGGCUAAGGGUCUUCCUGCCAGUUGUUCAAGGAGACUGCUCAAAGAAAUUGCCUCUUUGAAGAGCCACACCAAUGGACUGCUAAGCAGCCGUGCUGUGAAUGCUGGGACAGCAGCUGCUUUUAGCCAUGCUAGUGGGGAGAGUUCUACCACAUCCUGCUCAUCCGAGUGUUCCAGCCCUUCUCCACCACCUGCGCUCAGAGCCGUCCGCGCACAGAGCCCAGCCAGUUCCGGCUCAGAUGACAGCACACAACCAUCACCAGGUAGCUCCUAUGGUCCAGGUGUUACGAAAUGGCCUGCUGCUUGUGAAGUCACUGAAGCUACUGCUGCCAGUGUGAUACCUCCUGAAGCUGCUCGCUUGGGAAGCCAGCCACCAUCAGUAAUGCCCCUUAGGUACCCACCCCCCCCUGGCUCUGUCCUGGUGGAGCCUCAGCACCGGUUUUUGUUGCUCACUGAUCGGCCAACCUAUGGCCCAUCUCGUGCGCCAGUGCGUCCCUUGGCACCUGUCGUGAAGACUGCCACAGAUGGCGUCUCCCAUAGUAACCCUGCAGUGACAACCUCAGCAACCUUCGGGCCUAUGUACAGUGUGGGAAUCAUGCCCGCAGGCGUGUUUCCACAGCACUCAUUUCCCCCGUUCCUGCAUGCGGGCCACCAAAGCAAUGGCUACUUGUCAUUCCUGUCAGGUGCGGGUUAUGUGGCCCCACCCACAACGGCAGCAGCCUAUGUUCCCCUAGCCACGUUUGGUGGGCCCUCUGUGGUGGUUCCUCCUCCCCCCACCAGUGCCAAGGUGGCCAGCUGCUACAACUGUGGCAUGGUUGGUCAUCGAGGCCAUGAGUGCAAAGAAGCCACAGUGGAAGAGGCCACCAAGGCCCCCCAGUUCCGACUGCACUUUGCACCUGCUGGAGCACCUCCUGAGGCGCAGCCAUAAAUCCAGCUUUAAAUAUACCUGUGUACAUAUGCCCCAACUCCUAGCUCGGUACAGGAAGGACUGUCAUGACAACUGCUGUGCAGUGGCAACCAGCCAGUCUCCCCAUUCAUCGUCUAGUACAAACUGUGGACUAGUUCACUUUGUGUUCAGCAUGCUUUGCUGCCUUUCCACAGGAUCCCAUUCCGUGCUCUGCCAAGUUGCUUAAUGCUGCUACAGGGAGACAUUGGCGAGCUGCACUAGUCUACUGAAGUCUUCGGCGUAUUUCCAGCAGCGCUUGUUCGGCGUAUUUCCAGCAACGCUUGUUUCAUGCCCAGUAUUUUAUGCUAGCAGCCAUUUUUAGCUACUAUUUAAAAGCUUUCACCCUCGGUUGCCUGGCUUAAUGGGCUCUGCAGUGUCAGUGUUUUUGUCAGCUGUGGACACUGCAUUUUUAGCUUCAAGUUUCUAGGUUAGCCCGUUAUACUUUUAUUGUCACAAGUCUCGCCAUCAUUUCAUCAGCCAAAUUUUGACCCCCUUUAGUUGCAGGAUAUUUUCCUGUAUUGUGUCCUCUUCUCUGCAUUGCCAGUGAAUGAUUGGGGGGACUGGGUGGUUUGUCAUCUUGAACAUGUGAUGAGAAUUACUUAAAAAAAAUACCACUCAGCCAAAGACAUGUUGAAUCGUCACAUCGGACUGUGCCCACUGGAGAAAUACCUUUUUGAUGCUGCAGUGCCCAUACUCUACAUCUGCAUCUCUUCUCCUUCACUAUUUUUCACUUGCCUCCUGUUUUGGCUCGCAAGUGUCAUUCUGGAUUUCUUUUGCGCUUGUUGGUGUUUGUCUAGUCAGGCGUUUCCAUUGAUAACAUCAAAAGCAUUCCCAGUUUUAUCACUGGUAUGUUGCAGUCUGAUCAAAUGUUUUUGUAAGCAAGAAGUGCUGUGAAGCAAGAACUGAGACACCUACUACCGACCACCACACCUUUGAUUUUUUUGGGCUAUUUAGCACUUCAAACCGAGAGGCGCUCUCGUCAGCGAAAUGUGCAAAGAAAAAUACGUAAGCAGCAGAUAUGCUUGCACUGCGCUUGAGUGGGAUGCUGCCUGUCUCGACGAACGCAAAGCCACAACUCAUCUUGUGGACUAGUUCUUGUAUGUUUUGGAUGUGCUCGUGUGGCCGGCAUUGUUUUUCUGCCAUAUUGCACUAUUCCAAUGUUAGUGACACCAGUGAUGCGUAUCUGCUAGUGUAGCCCACAUUGACUACGUGACUCUACCAUCUGAACACCGGGUGCUCUCUGGACUUGAGCUGUCUUUUGUGAAAUGUUUCAAGCACUAGACCUGUUGUAAAUCCUCAGCUUAGCGUUGCCACGCUAAAUGGUGAAUGCUGAAGGUACAGUCAUGUUGCCUUUGUAAAUGGUGUUAUUUUUGCACAUUUUGAAGUGAUGACACUGUAGUGUGCCAAAGGCAUAAGAGCAAUGUCGAAAAUUAGGAACACUUAAUUGGCUGUUCUUUGGCACUUUAUUUUGAGGUAAAAAGUUGAAAGUUCUGUGACCAUACAUGCCUUGUGUUUGUUUUUCAUUUGUUUGAUGUGUUUCCAAAUCUGCAGCUCUCACUGAUGCGGUAGACAAUGCUUCGCUAUGAUUAGAUGUGCUACCUGAGCAUACAUAUCAUAGUUGCUUUUGCUGUUGAAGCUUACUGUAGUUCCAGUUGAGCAGGCAUGUUUUCUGGUCUCACUUGGAGUUUAGUUAAUGGUACUGUCAAGUGCUUCAUGCAAGAUAUGUUGCAAUGUUCUUGCCAGGAAAACAAUUAAAAAAGAUGCCUAUCUGCUUGUGAGUUCUGCUGCUACUCCCUCAGUGAGUUGAUUGUGUAUGUGUGCUUUUCCAAUUUGUUGUGUGGAGUUUGUGGUUUUAUUUUUUUUUAAGCUCAAUACUUGAAUUUAACAUAUUUCAUUAAGCACAAUUGACAUCUAUAGGGUUCUAGUGGCCACAAAAUAACUCUGCGGACUGUUUUGACAUCACUGUUGGUAUAAUGGAGGGAAUUGAAUCGCUGAGAAUGUGUUGAUUGCAGUCACAUGUCCAUCUACUCCUUGCCCUGUGAUCAGAAUUAUACAUGUCCUUGACAGUCAUUCACCCCUUGGCAAGCCCACUGUACAACCUAGAGUUCAUCUGCUCAAUUUUUUUUUCUCUCAGAAUAUGCAGGCUUCCAUGGGGCAUUACUUGUUUGAGUGAGUAUUCUGAAAUGUUUUUUUUUUUUUUUUCACUAAUGUGCUAUUAUUGGACUUAAUGGCUGCCUACGUCCCUUCCUUUCCUCUUCCAGGAAAUAUUUUUUCCUGAAUACUAGUACAGCACCAGGAACAACUGAAGGAGUCUUGUUUGUAGUCGGUCCAGCUAGUGUCUUCCUUUCACUUAUAUAGUAACAAGUAAUUGGGCUUUCAUUAUUUUUCAUGGCAUAAAAUACCAAUCUACUGCUAAGAGUGAAAAAUCUUUGAACAGGGAACGUGCUCCUGCUCUGCAAAACACUGAACCUCCAUUUGUCACGCCAAAGUUUCUAUCUACAAUACUUCCUUUUUCAAGGGCAUAGCCAGAAAUGUUUUUGGAGGUGAGGCGGUUCAACUGUUCUCUGUGUAUGUUCAUGCGUGCUUUUGUAUGUUUGUAUGUGUCCUGGUAUAUACACAAGCAAAAUUAAAAUUCUGUAGGAAAGUGAGUGGACACCCCCCCAUGGCUACAUCGCUGCCCUCCUUCCCUUCUUUACACACACCUCUUUCCUUUUUUCCUCAUUUUUGAGGUUUAGAGACAUUGAGCAAAGGGUAUAAGAACAUGUUGCGAGAAAGCAAGUUGCUGCUCUGGCAAUGACAAGUCCUUUUAUCGAAAACAUUUAACUCGAGUAGUAUACACUGUUUGAUAUUUUAUCGCUUAAAGCCUCCGCCUUUCUCUGAACUUCUGUCUCGAAUCAAUUUUGUUUGCUACUAGUGAUAUACGGGGUGUCUUGAGUUCUUGAAAAUGUUUGCCAGGAGAAAGAUGCUGUAUUUUCUUAAUUACUGGCAAACAUUAAAGGGACAUUGAAGUCAAAUAAUUUACAUCAGAGUGAAAGCUCAAUGUAUGACAACAUCUAAAACGACAAUAAUAACAGUGCCCUACUUACCGAAAAAUUAAAGUAAAUGCACAAGAACACAAGCGUCGAUCUAACGGCCCUAAAUAAAGAACGUUCCGUGCAUUAAGAGACGCAAUAAAAUGCUGUUUGUUCGUUUAUUUGAUUCAUGGAAAAAAUAACCGCUGGACGUUACUAUGGUGAAUGGCACAAGUGGUUCGAAAAUUUAAUUUUCGCGUGGUUACACAGAACAGGUGGUGCCAUCUAGCGGGGCGCAGUUAAAACAAGUGUCUGCGAUCUCGAAGCCAUUGGUGAGGAAAUUGAUCAAUGGCCGUUGCUACUGCUGUGGCUCCCGCUGCUUUUGGUCUGCUGCUACUAGUGCAGUAAAGCCCGCCAACGUUGUGCAUGGCAACAGUGUUGUGAGAGGGUCCGGUCGGUCCGCUUCAUGAGGCGGGUAAUUUGAAGUGUGCUAACCCGAUACGGAGCACUAAAAGGUGAUUUUAUUUCAAAAUAAACUCUUCCUUGGCACAAAAGUAACACUACGAGGUUUCUGGACAGCCAUUUCAACAAUCAACGUCGACCUAAUAGUUGACUUAAUGUCCCUUUAAGUUGGUGAUAGAAAAUGACCUAUUGGCUUGUAGGAUGUAAACAAGCAUGGUGAGAACACAUUUUUCUUUGUUCAGUUUUGAUGCCUACAGUUCCCUGUUUCAAUUGACCCUGCCUGAAUUCAGCUUGUGCUGCGCAUAAAUGGUGAAUUAUGUACCUUGUGUUGGUGCGUAUAAUAGACUACAGGACACAUUGUAGUAACAGUAGUGGAAGCAAUUGUGGCAACGCUUAAUUGAACAUCUCAACAUUUCAGUGAGAACUAGCUUCACUUGGCGACUAGUGAAAAACAGCUGAGACGUCAAGUGCACUCAUUCUCAGUCAAUACUGCAGCUGAAAGGCUGUUGAGGCUACGAAUGCUAUUUUCUCAUUAUAGCAUUAUGCUGGUACAUGAUUGUGAAGCAACAAGGUAAAACUGCAUAGCCAGUAUGUGGAGCAUAAGUGAGUGCACCCUUGAAUGAUGUAGUUUCAGGGAUGGCAGUGAACUUUGUAAAUGCUCUGUGUCAUAUAGUUUUAUGGUGUCUUGUUUUAUUAACUGCCUGUUCAUCAAUGCACAACAAAACUGGAAGUGCAGUGGUGGCCUGUUUUUCAUUGAAAUAAAAUAUGUUGAUGUCAUUGUGA